GUACACCAACACCAACACCACACCCUGCUAAUAUUUAUCAAUCAAAAUGCAGACAGCUUUGUUCAUUGCACCUCCUGUGCUCCCUUUGAAUCCCUGUAAGAACUUAUUCCAGCUGCAGACCUUUACACCCCCGAAGGCAGGUGCUUCUCUUGCUUCCCGUUCCUCUGCAAUCAAAGCAACUACUGCAAUCGCUGACACCACCACUAUUGAUUGCAGUUCUGUGAUCUCUGUGUUUCCAGUAGAGGCUUGUGAGAUAAUUGGUGGAGAUGCCUGUUUGGCUGAUAUGUUUCCAGAAGUACGGCUACAGGUUGAGAAGGCAAGAAAUGAAGCAGCUCAAAUUACUUCAGAUGACAUUGAGAGAGAGUAUCUUGUGUACAACGAUGCAAAGACGGUUUUCUGCGCUGAGGCGUGUGAUGAUCUCGGGGGAGAAUUCUGCGGGGCUGAAUAUCAGAGGGGAGUCUUUUAG